AUGGCACAACCACCCCCAAAACGCCGCCGCGGAGAAGAAAAAGAAGAACGGCGCCCCAAAAAGAAAAUCAAAAAGGUCAAACGAGUCGAUUACCACAGCUCAGACGAAGAAGAUGAGGUCGAGGGAGCGGCGUACGAUGCACCUAAAGUCAGCGGGGUGGCGAGGGUGGUGCAGCAGGGUCCUGUGGCGACGGGGGAGAAUCUGAAGCCCAUUUUGAAGAGGGAGGGGUUGAAGCAGGCGGGGGAAGGGGGGAAGGAUGGACCUAUCGCUAAGGCGGAGAAGGUGGUGGAGGAGGAGGAGGGUGAGGAUGGAAAGGGUGAGGGUGAGGGUGAGGGUGAGGGAGACGAGGAUGAGGAUGGGUUUGAGGAUGAACUGGCGAGGAAUACCGCGUUGAACAGCAUACCGCCCGCGCGCGAUGCUCCGGAUUCAGAAGACAGUGCGGAUGACCAAGACAAUGAGCAAGUAGCAGAAGCAGGUGCAGAAGACCUAGCCGACCUAGAAGAAGCCGACGAGAACGAUGAACCAGCCCUGGACUCUUCCGACAAUGACUCCGAAAGCGAAGACUCCGACAACAAAGCCUCCCAAACAUCCUCUUCCGCAAAAGCGAAGAAAAAGCGGAAUGAUCCCACCGCCUUCGCAACAAGCAUCACUCGCAUCCUCGACACCAAACUCGCCUCCCGCAAACGUCCCGACCCGAUCCUAUCUCGAUCCACCACCGCGUCGGAAGCGAAUAAAGCUCUUGCGGAUAAUAAACUCGAUGCGCGUGCGAGGGCGCAGAUAAGAAGCGAGAGGAGAGGUAAAUUGGAUAAAGGACGGGUGGAGGAUGUGCUGGGGUUAAAGAGUGGGGCUGGUGGGCUGUCUUCUACUGGUGGCGGCGCUGAUGGUGUCGCUGAUGGUGGGGCGGAGGGUAGGGUUGAUACGGGAAAGGUUUUGGAGGAGGAGAAGAAGUUGAAGAAGACGGCACAGCGCGGUGUGGUGAAAUUAUUCAAUGCGGUCCGGGCUGCACAGGUAAAAGGGGAGGUUGCCAUGAAGCAGGCGAGGGCAGAGGGCGUGGUGGGCAUGCGACAGAGGGAGGAGAGGGUGAGUGAGAUGAGUAAGCAGGGGUUUUUGGAUUUGAUCUCUGCUGGUGGUGGGAGUGGUGGUGGGGUUGGUGGGAAGAAGGAGGGGAUGAAGGGGGAAACGUAG